GAACAAAAAAUCGUAUUUACUAUUUUACUUGCAACUAAAAAGCUUUCAUUACGUACAGUAAUCGACAAGAGCAAGACAGAUAUCUACUGCAUAUGCUUUCAUGCGCUUUCGGUGAGUGCUGACUACCGAGUUCUGAAGCUGGAUUUGCGCCUUACCACAAGACCAGGCAUUAUCCAGUACCUCUCCCGAAUACCCAAUCGAUUUUUAUUUGCUGAUCGAUAUCGGAUUUUGUGUAGUUGGUGGAUGCCAGCUGUGCGGCGUCUUCAAGACGCUGACCGGAAGAUGGAGGCCAUUAGCCACGCUGUGAUUAUUCCGGAUAGUUUUUUGUCCUAUCCUCCUAGUUCGUUCUGCAUUCCGUCCUUCUAUGCCAAAGAUGUGGAUUCAGUAAUAAUACCUGAAGGUCUCAUUCGUGAUAGAAUUAAAGGGCUUGCCAGAGAAAUUUUCAAUGUCUAUGCAUCAUCGGCAGCGGAACCUUUGGUUUUAGUGUGUGUUUUGAAGUCAGCGUUUAAAUUUUUCUCUGCACUUCAACUGGAAAUUGAACAUCUGAAUGUGGAAUCGUGCGGGACAUCUGACUUCCCACAGUCCCUUCAGAUUAACGGUGAACCAAAGACAAAUGGCAGUAAAAACAGUCAUCCCGACGGACAGACUCGCCGUUCCCUGCCGCUGUUCUGCGAAUUUAUCCGCGUUAAGAGCUACGUCAAUACGCAAAGUGUAACCGGUAGUGAUGUUCAAGUUCAGGGCGUGCUUUGUCCCGAAGAAGCCUUCAGUCAAAAGAAUGUAUUGAUUGUGGAGGACAUAAUCGACAGCGGUCGAACGAUGCAGGCAUUGAUCCAGAAUUUAAAGCAGCAUAAUCCCAAAAGCUUGCGAGUUGCAAGUAUGCUCUGGAAACGAGUAGCACAUGGUGGAAAAUCCGUUCCUUACCCUCCAGACUUCUUUGGAUUCGAGAUACCCGAUCGAUUUGUGAUUGGUUUUGGAAUGGAUUAUAAUGAAAAAUUCCGUGACCUUAACCAUCUUUGCAUCAUUAACGAGGCUGGUAUCCAAAGAUAUGCCGUCAAUCCAUCAAAGUAACCAGAAAUUCCAUCCUGCUUCAAUUCAUUGAGCGCCGUCUGUCAUAUUAUGACGUGAUAAAGAAGCCAAAAAAUGCAAAAAUGAGCAGUGAUCCAUUGCCGACGUGGUAUUAUUGCGGAUACUGUCGAUUAGCUGUGCUGUGUUAAUGAAAGAAUAUUUAUUAGGGUUAUUUUCUCCAUCACGAAUACGUUUGCGUUAAAAAAUGCUUUGAUGUCAUUUCGUUCCUCGAUUGUCUACCAUAGUACAGUACCACUGCGAGCUUCACACUGUGCCGGUGCAUAGUAUUGUGCAAGUUGUACUUGGGGUUGCAUAAUGCAAUUUUACAGCUACGCGUUUUUGGGUUCGCAGUUUAUGCUUAAGCCCCGUUUUGGUUCAAAAACCUAUGAUUAAAGCGUUUUCCAUUA